AUGAAGGCCCGCUUCAUCGCUACGCUCGCAGGAGCCUUGUCCGCCUCGGCGGCAGUUAUCGCUCCGCGCCAGGCUCUCUCGACGGUUUCCCUCGCGACUUCGGCACUCGGUUCCGCCGCUACUGCCGGCUCUACCGCGACCGGCAGGCAGUCUGGCGCCUCCUCUGCGGCUUCGACGGCGGCGGCGUCCGCUUCGAGCGGAAUGAUGGGUGGCUCGUCGGGCAUGAGCCAGUCCGGCUCCUCGUCGAUGAUGGGCAGCUCAGGCAUGAGCGGCGCUUCGAGUGCCUCGUCCACCAUGAUGAGCGGAUCGUCCUCGAGUGCGGCACCCUCAGCGACGAAGUCCGUCUCAGGAUUGCCCGCCCCAGGCGCCGUUCCGACUGGCACGCCCAUCCAAGGCGACUACAGCGGCCAGUACCGUCCUCAAGUCCACUUUACACCGCCAAAGGGCUUUAUGAACGACCCCAAUUCGCUGUUCUAUCACCCAGUAACGGGGUGGAACCUCUACUACCAGUACAACCCUACCGACCUCGUCGCCGGCAACCAGCACUGGGGCCACGCUACCAGCAACGACCUGUACCACUGGGUGAACCAGCCGAUUGCGCUCUUCCCGCCCAACUCGACCGCGGCCGUCUUCUCCGGCAGCGGUGUCCUCGACCCGAACAACACCUCCGGAUUCUUCCCGAACAACAACGCCAGCAACCCCGGUGUCGUCGCCAUCUACACGCUCAACACGCCCGAAAAGCAGACUCAGGAGAUUGCGUACAGCACGGAUGGCGGCAUGUCGUUCACGCCUUACUCGGGAAACCCGGUCAUCGACAUCGGCAGCAACCAAUUCCGCGACCCCAAGGUCAUCUGGUACAACGACCACUGGGUCAUGACGGUCGCGCACGCCCAGGAAAUGUUCAUCGCGAUCUACACGAGCCCCAACCUCAAGAACUGGACGGAAGUCUCGCGUUUCACGCGCCACGGCUUCACUCAGCUGCAGUAUGAGUGCCCCGGGCUGCAGCGCGUUCCGAUCCGCCGCAGGAACGCGACCUCGUCGUCUGACUCGUCGGGCUCAUCCGGCGGAUCCUCCAACUCGUCGAUGUUCUCGUCCUCUUCCUCGGCUCCUUCUUCGCCUGUCUCGACCGCCAGCGCCUCUCUCGCCCGCCGUCAGGCCAGUACUCUCGCUAGCGGCGCGACCUCCCUCCUGAGCGGCGCUUCGUCUGCCGUCCGCCCGUCCGCGUCAAGCGCAAUGUCGUCCGGCAGCAGGGCGAGCUCGACCGGCUCUGCGUCGUCAUCCACCAUGAUGUCUUCGGGCAGCAGUAUGGCGUCAGCCUCGAGCACCAUGUCGUCGGCGAUGCCUUCGUCGACCGGCGGCGCAGCAGGCGGCAGCAGUGGUGGAAACAGUUCGAGCAACUCGUCCUCGCAAGACUUUGCCUGGGUCAUGUGGAUCUCGAUCAACCCCGGCGCUCCUCUCGGCGGCUCGAUCACCCAGUACUUCGUCGGCGACUUCAACGGCACCCACUUCACGCCUUUCGACGACUCGGUCAAGCUCACCGACUUUGGGAAGGACAACUACGCUGGCCAGUUCUUCUACAACACUGGCGACCAAGCUGUCAGCAUGGCUUGGGCUUCGAACUGGCAGUACACCGACUUCGUCCCGACCGCGAACGAGCUCUGGCGCUCGGCUGACUCGCUCCCGCGCAACAACUACCUCGUCGAGGCCGACCGAAUCGGCUGGGUUCUCGCUUCCGAGCCGUACAACAUCUCCGCCGUUCGCAACUCGUCGAUUCUCCCGGGCGGCAACGAGACGACUUCGCUCGUUAACCAGACUGUCAGCGCCGACUUCUCCAACAUCACCUCGGGCGCCGUCUACUUCUCGGUCAACAUCACCCUUCCGUCGAACGUCACGCUUGGCGACUACGCCUCGCUUAACAUGACUUUGACGUCGGCGUCAUCGAACGAGAACCUCACCGCGGGCUACUUCUUCGGCGGACCCAACUCGAACAGCACCUGGAUCGACCGCUCUGGCACUCGCGGCUACACCGGCAACCCCUUCUUCACCUCGCAAUUCUCCCAGACCGCGCCUACCGUCGCCUACAACAUCGAGGGCGUCUUUGACCGCUCCCUCUUCGAGCUCUUCAUCGACGAGGGCACCUACGCGGCCACGGUCGACGUCUACUCGCAGCAGCCCCUCACGAAGAUCGCGCUCGCGACUGGCGACAUGCCCGAAGGCGCGCAAGUUCAGGCCGCCAUCUGGGGCCUCUCGUCGGUAUGGAGCAACAGUACGAGCGGCGGCAACUCGACGAGCGGCGGCAACUCGACGAACUCGGCGUCGUCGUCGUCGAUGAUGAGCAGCACUUCCUCAAUGAUGAGCAGCUCGUCGUCGAUGAUGAGCAGCAUGUCGUCGACCGCCAGCGUCGCCUCCGCAUCUGCCCCCGCCUCAACGACCGCCUAA